AUGCGGAAAAAUAUAUAUUAGUGAACGAUAGCCAGAAAUGGAUGGUUUGUUCUAAUAGGCUACUGAGUGUGGAACUGCACAAUACAAGUAGGUUCUCAAAAAUUAAUAAACACUAGAUUGUUCACAAAUAUUAGCAACAGGCGGUAAUCAGCACACACAUUUGAACGAAACACCAUAUUAAUGUAGGCCUAUUAAUUGUUUCAUUGAGCGAAACCAAAGGUCGUAACAACCACCGACUAUGCACAUCCAGCUGUAAACACGUUGGUAGCCUAUAGAAAAACGGAUGAUGCUUCAUUAAUAUUUUACCUCGUGAAGGUUAACGGAACUGAUAUGUAAUUUAUCUUAGAAACGCUGGCAUCCAUUCUAAAGACAUUUUCUCUCAUGUAUAACGAUACAAUAUAGACCUGCGCUCAUCCAUCCAUCCGUCAAUUUUCACUCUCCUUUUUCAAGGUAGGCCUAUUUAAGUCAUUGAUUUAAAUUAUUUAAAAUAGCCAAGUAGGCUACUUAUAAACGGGUUCACGUCACUUUUAUUACAUGUCCAGGAUGUACCCCACCUCUGUGCAGCAGUGCCGUCGGGGAAAUGCGCUUCGGGGUGGUGGCUUCUCCACGUUUCAGAGGAAUAACUGUAAUGAAAUACUAACUUAAGAAGAGUACGUUCCAUUCUUUCGACGGGUCAAACGUGAACGGUAUCUUCAUUCAUGAUGCUAUGGAAACGCCUUGCUGUACCGCAUGAGGACGAAGCCCAGUUACCUUUGCGGCUCCUAUUACGUUGCGGAGUUCAGGGGACGUGGUGCGCUUUCGCUGGCAUCUCUGUGACCCUGUCGAGAAUAUCGAGUUAUUUCACCGUCUGACAUAACUGAGGAUUAUCAUGGAAACGGUGAGGCUCAAGAAAAUGUUAUCAAAGAAAUACAAGCACAGGCAUUUGAUUGCUUGUGAAAUAUGGAGUGUGAUCUGCCAGUACACCAGUCUUAAACCAGUGUUGGACACCUAUGUGUUCAACGACGGCUCCAGUAGACACCUGAUGUGUCUAACGGGGACAAUCCCAGUGUGUCACAAAGGGAUGGAGUGUAACAUCCCAGUGUCCCUAUGGCUGCUGCAAAGCUACCCGCUGCACCCACCCAUGUGUUACAUACAGCCAACCAAAAGCAGCAUGAUUGUCAGGUCAGAAAACGUUGAUGGUGACGGCAAGGUCGACUUACCUUACCUGCAAACCUGGAAGCCUCCUCUUACAGACCUGCACGGCCUGGUCCAGGCGAUGAGAGUCACGUUUGGAAAUGAGCUGCCCUUGUGCAAGUGCGACAGCACACCGGCAGGCCUGGACACCAUCAACAGUGAGGCGCCUCUAGAGUCACCAUGCUGCACUGUUUACACAUCGUGCUAUCUAUCAGAUGGAUUUUUGUCACUGCCUGUGUCACAGACCCAAACUGAGGCACAGUGGUCUGCAAGGAAAGGGUCAAAGGUCAUCCUGAGCAGAGAGGAUGUCUAUUCAUCUAAUGAAUCAAAAUGUUAGCUGUUUCUCGGCCUUAUCCAUAAAAUCCACCAUAGAAUUGAAUGAAACUUGUCAGAUAUAAAACAUUCUUAAAUUAGAAUCAGAGACAUAUAAUGCCUGAUUACAAAGAUUUGAGCACAUACAUUUAUUGUAGAAUGCUUGCAUUUUUGUCUUAUGUACAUGGUAGAAUCCAGCCCCUAAUGUUUACAUUUAAAAUUUGAUUAUAUUUCAGUGAAACCAAGAAUUGAAUGUUUUGUGAUUAUUGUGUGAUUGUGGCUGCCAUUAUUUAAAAUAAAACAAAACAAGUCAAUGA